AUGUCGACCGAACAAGAUUUCGAGUUAAUCGAAGACAAAUCUGACAGAAAAUCGUCAACCGCUUCAGAUAGUUUCGAAGAAGUCGCCGAGAACGAAAAAGCAUCUACUGGCACAGAAGAAGAUGGUGAAGCCGAUGGAGUGGAAACGGAAGAGGAACCGACGCUUCCAUUCGUUGAUCAAUCAAUAAAGGAUGAUGCCGAGCGGCCGAUUGAGAAGGAUGGAGAGCAGCUAGUGCAUGAUGCGCUGAACGCUCCGAUCAGAAAAGACCAGGAGCAAUUCUACACCGCCGAGGACAGUCGUCGAGCGAUCACCCUUCUCGUCUUCUUCUCGGCAAUGAUGUUCACACUUCCGCUUCUCGUGAUGUUCUCGCUCUACUAUUGGGUGUUCAUCGACCUUUUCCAUUUGCCGCCGGAUCGCGCGAUGCUCUAUUCGGGCAUCUGCGCCGCCGCCGUCGUCAUUCUCAUCUGCGCCGCGUUCGCCUACGUCGCGUGGAAAGAGGAAAAGGACGCCGAGGAGAAGCUCAAAAUGAGUGAAGCGAAAAAGACGAACUGA